UGAGAUUAUUCUUUUUUAAAUUAAAUUUUUCCCAAAACAGUGCAUUAAUUGUUAUCUUGUCCCCGUAUAGUAAAUUCAUUGUUGCUUGUGAUCCUAACACAGUUAGUUUUGUUAUUGUUGUUUGUGAUCCUAACACAGUUAGUUUUGUUAUUGUUGUUUGUGAUCCUAACACAGUUAGUUUUGUUAUUGUUGUUUGUGAUCCUAACACAGUUAGUUUUGUUAUUGUUGUUUGUGAUCCUAACACAGUUAGUUUUGUUAUUGUUGUUUGUGAUCCUAACACAGUUAGUUUUGUUAUUGUUGUUUGUGAUCCUAACACAGUUAGUUUUGUUAUUGUUGUUUGUGAUCCUAACACAGUUAGUUUUGUUAUUGUUGUUUGUGAUCCUAACACAGUUAGUUUUGUUAUUGUUGUUUGUGAUCCUAACACAGUUAGUUUUGUUAUUGUUGUUUGUGAUCCUAACACAGUUAGUUUUGUUAUUGUUGUUUGUGAUCCUAACACAUUCAGUUUUGUUAUUGUUGUUUGUGAUCCUAACACAUUCUGUUUUGUUAUUGUUGUUUGUGAUCCUAACACAGUUUGUUUUGUUAUUGUUGUUUGUGAUCCUAACACAAUUAGUUUUGUUAUUGUUGUUUGUGAUCCUAACACAAUUAGUUUUGUUAUUGUUGUUUGUGAUCCUAACACAGUUAGUUUUGUUAUUGUUGUUUGUGAUCCUAACACAAUUAGUUUUGUUAUUGUUGUUUGUGAUCCUAACACAAUUAGUUUUGUUAUUGUUGUUUGUGAUCCUAACACAGUUAGUUUUGUUAUUGUUGUUUGUGAUCCUAACACAGUUAGUUUUGUUAUUGUUGUUUGUGAUCCUAACACAGUUAGUUUUGUUAUUGUUGUUUGUGAUCCUAACACAGUUAGUUUUGUUAUUGUUGUUUGUGAUCCUAACACAGUUUUGUUAUUGUUGUUUGUGAUCCUAGCACAAUUAGUUUUGUUAUUGUUGUUUGUGAUCCUAACACAAUAG